AUGAGGCUGUAUAGACAGCUGAAGCUUGCAACUACUAUCCCCUUCUCCUCCUUCGGCAUGCAGAGAAGGUAUCCUAAGCUGAAACACCUGCAGUAUCAGCCGCUGCAGCAGCUGCUGCAGCUGCUGCAGCAGCAGCAGCAGGCUCUGCAGCAGCAGCAACAGGCUCUGCAUCAGCAGCAGGCUCUGCAGCAGCAGCAGCAGCAGCAGCAGCAGCAAGCAGCAGCAGCAGCAGCAGCAGCAGCAUCAGCAGGAGCAUGA